GAGACAUAGAGGAAGAGUGAAAGAGAGGGAGGGAGAGGAGACAGAGCCACACGGUGAAACUGAGCUUUGUCUCUCGCGCUGGGUCACUCAGAAAGAGCCACUUGGAGCCAGAGGCGACCCCGGAGCGCUCAGGAGCCGCAGAACGACCCAGACCAUCAUAAUAAGAGCAGCAGCAGUAAGAGAGCACAUUGCUGCAGACAAGGAACAAAAAAACACGGAAGAGAAGUGAAUGAGGGACGGACGGCAAGACGAGCAGCUGAAGUUUUACUGUGCGGGAUAAUAAAAAGAGAUUUGGCUACAAGUUGAAACUGAAGAGAAAGUGUUGGUGAAGAUGCCGCGGGUAGUCCCGGACCAGAGGAGCAAGUUUGAGAAUGAGGAGUUUUUCCGCAAGUUGAGCAGGGAGUGUGAGAUUAAAUACACUGGGUUCAGGGACCGGCCCCAUGAGGAGAGACAAGCUCGCUUCCAGAACGCUAGCAGGGAUGGACGAUCAGAAAUAGCCUUUGUAGCUACAGGUACAAACCUCUCUCUACAGUUCUUUGCAGCCAACCUGCUCGGAGAUCAGAGGCAGGUUCCUGCGAGGGAAUAUGUUGACUUCGAGAGAGAGACGGGAAAGGUCUAUUUAAAGGCUCCCAUGAUUUUGAACGGGGUGUGUGUGACCUGGAGAGGCUGGAUUGACCUACAGAGACUGGAUGGGAUGGGAUACCUGGAACUGGAUGAAGAGAGGGCGCAGCAAGAGGACGCUUUGGCCCAGGCAGCCUUUGAAGAGGCUCGACGCAGAACCAGAGACUUUGAAGACAGAGACCGAUCACACAGAGAGGAUCUUGAGGACCCUGUGGUUUCUAAAAUCUGGGACUGAUGACACACAGACAGGCAGCCAGCAGAAAAGAACAUGUCCAGACGACAGCAGGACCACAGCCCUGGCUCCAACAUGGCCAACGCUGACGUUGAACACAAGAUGCGCUGAGGCGGAAGAGAAGGACGAAGUACUGGAAGGAGGAACAGAAGAAAAACCAGGGCUGGCUGUCCAUUCACUUUCAAUAUAAUCAACUGUAAAAAAAGGUCAUCUGAAAUUGCAAUUUUGACCAAUGUUUUCAACAUGUGUUCUUUGUUUCCUUGUUAGUCUGAUAUGAUUUUUCUUUCCACACUCAAAACAUUGUUCUUACCUUUUUAAAUUUAGAAGAAACACAACUUCCUUAAUUGAUUGAAUUGAAAGUGAACCAAGCUCCACAAUUAAGGAUUCACAGGAAUAAGUACCCAACAGACCUGGGCAAAAAGUAGUUGUAUAUAUUUAAAUACAAAGGAAGGAUUAUGAGAGGUUGAAUUAGCAUUAUAUUAGCAUCAUAUUGCAAAUAUGACACAUCCGAGGUUGAAGUUGCUUCUUGAGUCAAAUGAGUAUCUAUAUAAAGUAUGGAUCAAAUCACUCAGACUUCUAUUUAUUUUUUUCCAGGUCUUACAUGAUUUGAUGGAAAGAUCUAAGUACCAAAAGAUAUAUUUUCUAUCAAUACAAAUUGUGAAAAUAAUGGAAGGGGGGGGGGGGGGUAACAGAUGCCAGUAGUGAGGGGAGGCAAAGGAAAGAGAAGAGAGGAGAGUAGAAAAAAUUGACGGUCACGGUCGAGGCUUAUUGUCCAGGAUUAACAGAAAAUAAUGCGUCAAAAGUAAGGUGUUGAAAAAGAAAAGCAGUGUGACUGCGUUGUUCAUUGUUUUUGCAACGCCUCACAUUUGGGAACAUGCCUUUUAACCCUAAUUAUGCAUAGUUAAAAAAAACUGCUGUUUUCUUAGACCAAAGUUCACUUUGCUGGUAAGGGAGGGAGGGAAUGGAGAAAGGUACGGGAUACAAUAACAGAAAACUGGGUUGCAUUUAAAAAGUAGGCAGGUGGGAGGAGAGCAUCCAGAGAGAACUAUGCUGUUUUGUGUAGUUUGAAGUGUUUGCUGUACUAUAAUGUUCAGUUUCUCUUUAAAACAUCAACCAUGGUGGGAGGCCCAUGACUAUAGAAUCCCCGGUUAAGUAGCAACAAGUUUUACAGCUAAUUUGCACUAUGUGAUACAAUCAGACUUGUUCUCAACAUGGGUUUUUCUUUAUAGGCAUGAAACCAAACAUAGGCCUGUGUUGUCUAUUGUUACCUAUGCAGCCUUUUUAUUGUGAGAACACUUCCUUUUAAAGCGCUUUGAUAAGGAAUAACUGGGAUUUUUAAAGGCUACAUCAUAGUGAUGCAAGAUUUGGGUGUGCCCAACCAGUAGCAUGCUCCACAAGGUAUAAAAGCAUUUGUUUGUUUACCAGGAUGUGUCACCAGGUGGAGUUGUGAUCUGGGGUUGACUAUCAGGCAAAAAUGAAACACAUCCUUUUGCAUGAAGGCUUUUUCUUGACAUUGACAUGCUACUUUUUAAAUGGGUAUAUUCAAAGGCUUAAGCUUACAACUUCUUAAAAAUACACACCAUAAACAUCAGUAGCAUGUGUUGUAAGUCACUUUUAUAGAAGUAAGGUACCUAUCCAACUUAAAAUCCGUCUAUUGAUCAGCCAAUCACCCAGAUAUUCCUCAUCAUUAAAGGGCUGUACAAGCCUAAAUACAGUCUAAAUACUAUUCCCUGUCCUGUUACAGUACAAGUGUAACAAAAUGAUAUGUUGUUUUAUUGUUUUGUUUGAGUGAAAGUCAUGAUGUUUGCUUUUGAUAUUACUUCUCACAUCCGUAUACGUAUUAAUUUGUGUUCAUCUUUCAGCUUUGUUAUGAAAUAGUAGUAGCAGCGGUAGGCUAUUUUAUGUAAUAUUGAGUCGCGUUUCUAGAAAUUUGGGAGUUUUAAGGACUUUUGUUACUUUCGCUUUUCACUGUUCUAUGUGUUUCUUUUAUGUAUUUUAUUUGUAUUGUUUAUUUUUUAAAGGAAAUCCACUUACUGGGUUAAAUACAGUGAAUGUGGAUUGACUCAAGCCCUUUUAUUUUUAUAUUGUGCAACUAGAAGCUGAUUUCAUUUUCCAUUGUGUUUUCCAUUUAGUGCACUCAACGGUUUUAUUCUUACUAUUUUACCCAAGACAACUUUUCUUUUUUCCCCCUGCUUUUUUCCUUUUCUCAGCCUGGCGUAUUAAGAAUAUUAAUGAUUUUUACAUUAAUUAGGUAACAGGUUAUCUUUUUCCAACGAUAGUGGGUUAGUAACAUUUGACAAUAAGUUUUACAAUAGCCAUGCUAUUGUAGUUUAAAUAAAACAGUUAUUUGAAAGCUCAAACAACAUGAAGAACUCUGACUGAUUACAGAGAGGUUCUAUCAUUUUCACAGACCUCUAGAUGCAAUGGAACUGAAACAACGGUUUAAGCUGCAUUUGUAACACAAUUGUGAAGUUUCCUACAGCCCCAUUAACAGAAAUUCACCAGGAGAAAUCAUCAAGCUCAGAGUACAACCAAAAAAUGCAGGAUUUUCAUACUGAAAUUGCAUUGGGGGAAGUAUUUCAAUAACCUGAGGUUAAAUUAUUAACUUUCUGAUUGGCAGCCAUAGUUCACUUUUUUGCACAUAGAUUUUCCUCUGAUUGUUCUUAGUAAGGGAAUCUUGUGGAAAACAUACCUCUGUCUGAGUCCAUAGGUUGGAAAGGUGCAUUUUGUGAAUUGGCUCAGUUUGAUAUUGUUAUGUCAUAUGUGUCGUUUGUGUUUAAGAUCCCCAGCAGUAUGAAGUUAAAGUAUCCUUGAAUCAGACAGAGCAUUGGGUAUGCACAUUGAGAUUUAGCUGGACAGUCCAGACACUACAGUAUGGGAUGGACUCUGUUGUAAGUUUAUUAUAUGUUAUGUUUGAACUAUAGCUUGACAGUGACCACUGGGCCUACAUUUUAAAAAUAAAACCACCUGUGGGUGGUCUCAUCAAAUCUA